CAGAUGAAUUCCCAAACUCCUACAUGACUCCUGAAAAUUUCACCCGGGUCACUGAGUUUAUUCUCACAGGUGUCUCAGACCGUCCAGAGCUCCAGAUUCCUCUCUUCCUGGUCUUCCUACUGAUCUAUGGGCUGACUGUGUCAGGAAACCUGGGCAUCAUCACCCUCACCAGUGUUGACCCUCGACUUCAAACCCCCAUGUAUUUUUUCCUCAGACAUUUGGCUAUCAUCAACCUUGGCAACUCUACCGUCAUUGCUCCUAAAAUGCUGAUCAAUUUUUUAGUAAAGAAAAAAACUACCUCAUACUAUGAAUGUGCCACCCAACUGGGAGGUUUCCUGCUUUUCAUUGUAUCAGAGGUGAUCAUGCUAGCUGUGAUGGCCUAUGACCGCUAUGUGGCCAUCUGCAAUCCCCUGCUCUACAUGGUGGUGGUAUCUCGCAAGAUCUGCCUUCUGCUGGUGUCCCUCACAUACCUCUAUGGCUUUUCUACAGCUGUUGUGGUUUCAUCUUGUGUAUUCUCCGUGUCUUAUUGCUCUUCCAAUGUAAUCAAUCAUUUCUACUGUGAUAAUGUGCCUUUGUUAGCAUUGUCCUGCUCUGAUACUUACUUUCCACAAACCGUAGUCUUUAUAUCUACAGCUACAAACUUGUUUUUUUCCAUGAUUACAGUUCUAGCGUCUUAUUUCAACAUAGUUUUGUCCAUUCUAAAGAUCCGUUCAUCAGAAGGAAGGAAAAAAGCCUUUUCCACCUGUGGUUCACAUAUGAUGGCUGUCACAGUUUUCUAUGGGACACUGUUAUUCAUGUAUUUACAACCUAAAACCAACCACUCCUUAGAUACUGAUAAAAUGGCUUCUGUGUUUUACACACUGGUGAUCCCUAUGCUGAAUCCCAUGAUCUACAGCCUGCGGAAUAAGGAUGUGAAAGUGGCCUUAAAGAAAUUCAUAGCAAAUCUAUGUUCUUCCUGUAAGUUAAUAUAA